AUGGGAGGUUAUGAGCCCCACCAUCACCACCACCACCAUCAACAACAACAACAACAUCAUUAUCGUCAACGACACGACUAUCACCAGAGGACAGCCCUAUUUCUAUGCCACAAAUGGACAUUGUUUACAAUAUCGUUGGCCAUACUGGCCAUGAGUACCGUAUUGGCAGCGCUUAGCCAUAAAAUUGCCGACAACUAUGCCAUCAAUUAUGAAAUUGAAUUCAAAAGUCAAUAUCAAAAAGAAUCACUGGAACAGGCGCUGAUAGGUAUGGCCAUUGUUACCGGUUUUUUCUCGCUAUUUGGUUUGGCCGGUGCUCUCCGCGAAAGCUAUUGUUCAACAUUUACGUUUGCCGUCUAUAUGGGUGUGAAUACCGUUGGGAAUAUGUACGCUGCCUGUACAGGGGUGGCCGGUGUUUGGCUACCGGCGCUCAUACAGCUAACCAUUACGUUGGUUGGCUGGACAUUUGCCCGUAAACUACGGCUACAGAGACCGAUGAUGAGGACGGCAUCGACGGCAUCGGGGACGCCAUCGACGUUCAUAGUCAGCACCGGUAGACACCAUCACCAGCAGUACGGCCAUCAUCACCAACAUAUAGUAGUACCGAUUGUUGCCGGUGGCCAACAAUGGACUACCGGUGCCCAGUUGUUGUCACCUGGUGUUGGUGGUGGAGGACUGGGAGGUCAUGGGUUGGCUAAUAGUAAUAGUAAUAAUCAAUGGAUUUGUGUACACAAUCCGCCCCCAUAUGAUAGUCAUCCAGAAUAUUGUUUUAAUGUUAUUUAA